ACUGUGCUCAUACUACUCUCUAAGUAGCACUCCACUGCUUUCUGUCUGGCCUGGCUGUUGAUAACACCGACGUCAAUGCAGUCUUCCAGAAGCUCUCCGUCCCAGGGGCUGAGAAACCAGCAAGAGCAUGUCUCGCGUCUCCUCCACUGCCAAGCACUAUGCUGGCACCUCCUACACGAGCCACUACAGCUCCUACAGCUCUUCCCUGACGCCGGGCCUUCGCUAUUUCAGUGAGCGGGACAGACUGCCCAUCUCCUCCUCAGGUUACUCUCCAUCCAGCUAUCUGACGAGCUCUGUUGGCCGUAGCCACAACUACAGCACCUCCUCAGAACCCACCGGCAGUCGAGGUAGAACCCUCCCACAUACCGACAUCCUCAGAAGCAGCAGUACCAGCCACCGGACUGAAAGCUUGAGUAGAACUCCUGUCAGGAGCAUCUUGGGAUCAGGUCUGAGUGGGGGGUCUACUUAUUCCGGCUACAGUUCCUACUCAUCAUCUCCAGCCCAGUCUAGCUACCUCUCUUCUUCACGACGAAAAUCUGCGUCACAGAAUGACUUGAGCAGGGACUUAGCUACUCUGAGGCUCAACGAUGCCGCUUCCUCUUCGUACACCCCUCGAUCUUCCAGCUACCGCAGUCAAACGACAGAUGUGUCUGAUUCAUAUGGCACGAGAUCCCACCUGGGUUACUCGAGUCUUCUACGGAGCUCCACUCGGGAGCCCUUCUCCCAGAGCUCCAACCAGGAAGCCUUGAGGGACAGCAGCAGUAGAUCAUAUAAAUCUUCUAAAUGGGAGCCAAGAAGCCGUGAUCCGUCCGACCUCUCAACCGGGAAUCCUACGAACUCAAAAAGUGCCCCAGGCCUGGUCGGACUGAAGAACUUAGGAAACACUUGUUUCAUGAACAGUAUCCUGCAGUGUCUGAGCAACACGCAGAGUCUCCGGGACUACUGCCUGCACAACUCCCACCACCGAGACCUGAACAGCCGCACCAACACCGCGCUCAUGGAAGAGUUUGCCAAGCUUCUGCAGAGCUUGUGGAAAACAUCCGGCAGUGACGCGGUCAGCCCAUCGGAGUUCAAGAGUCAGAUCCAGAGAUUUGCUCCCAGAUUUAUGGGAUACAACCAACAGGAUGCUCAGGAGUUCCUGCGCUUCCUCCUGGACGGGCUGCACAACGAAGUGAACAGGGUGACGUACAGGCCCAGAGGCAGCGUGGACGACUUUGACCACCUCCCAGAUGGUGAGAAAGGGAAGAAGAUGUGGAGUAAAUACCUGGAGAGAGAAGACAGUAAGAUUGUUGAUCUGUUCGUUGGACAGCUGAGGAGCUCUCUGACCUGCUGUCACUGUGGAUUCUGCUCCACCGUCUUCGACCCCUUCUGGGAUCUCUCUCUGCCCAUCGCCAAGAAGAGCUACGGGGAGGUGACGCUGAUGGACUGCAUGCGGCUCUUCACCAAAGAGGACGUCCUUGAUGGGGACGAGAAACCAACUUGCUGCAGGUGUAAAGCCAGGAGAAGGUGCACGAAGAAGUUCACGAUACAGAAGUUCCCCAAGAUCCUAGUGCUGCAUCUGAAACGCUUUUCCGAGGAAAGAAGAAGUAGCAAACUAUCCACCUUUGUUAACUUUCCCCUGAAGGAUCUGGAGCUCCGGGAGUGUGCCUCUGAAAACACCAAUGCCACGUACAGCCUGUAUGCCGUGUCCAACCACUCAGGCACCACCAUGGGCGGUCAUUACACAGCUUACUGUCGCAAUCCAAACUCUGGGGAAUGGUACACGUUUAACGACUCCAGAGUGACGCCAAUGCCGUCCAGCCAGGUCCGCGGCAGCGACGCCUACGUCUUGUUCUACGAGCUGGUUUCCUCCUCGCGGAUGUGAAGCCCUGGGAGUAACGGGGGGGUCAGCACCGGCCAACAACCAGGGAUCGGACCGGAGGAGGAGGAGGAGGAG